CUGCUACUCACAAUAUGACUUGUCGUACCUGCAGAUUCGUUACUGCCUUCCCAAAGAUUUUCUGUCAUGUAUAGCAGAUCGUCGACGACGGUCCUGAUUUCCCUUUGGCUUUCCUGACUCGAUCUUUGUCCUCCACGAAGAGGACUGUCUUGAAUUAUAUAUCUUGAUUUCCUUGAUCGCAAGCGCUUACAAGUCAACCCAACCCUCCACAAGACCGAUUUCGAGUCCUGUGUGUGCAUGCUUGAAAUGCAAUGAUGAAGCCCUCCCAGCAAGGCAGCCCUUUGCUGCGACGGAAAUCCUCUACUCCUCACUACCAGACCUUCGGUGGCAUCGCACCUCCGAAAUCGCGAGGUCGGCCUCUUUCCGACUCUUCAAACUCCUCUAGCCAUGACCAUCACUCCGAUAAUGGCCAUCACCACGAGUCCUCACCUCUGCCGAAGAAACAGAUGGCCGUCCUAGCCAUUAUAGCACUGUGCGAGCAGACUGCGCUCAACUCCAUCAGUCCUUAUCUACCUGAUAUGGCUUCGACGUUCCCAGAAGUAAAGGCUGGCCAGGUUGGCGUUUAUGUCGGAUUGAUUGCAUCAGCCUUUGCGCUUGCGCAGCUCACAACAAACUUCUUCUGGGGUUGGCUCUCUGAUCGUAUUGGAAGGAAGCCAGUGAUACUAUUGGGAACACUGUUUACGGCAGCAUGCUUUGUUGCAUUCGGCUUUUGCAGGACGCUUUGGCAAGCUAUCCUCGUUCAGGCUUUGAUGGGUCUCUUGAAUGGCAACCAAGGUGUCGUUUCCACCUGCUUAGGCGAAAUCACCGACCGCAGCAACCAGUCCAAAGCCUUCGUAUAUCUACCCGUCAUCUACGGCAUCGGAGGAAUAACAGGGCCCCUCAUUGGCGGUGUGCUGGUCUCGCAAACGAAUCCAUUCAACAAGUCGGAACCGAACCCAUAUCCAUAUCUCCUUCCGAAUCUGCUUUCCGCCGCUGUCUUGUGUGUCGACCUAGUUGUUACGGCAAUAUUUCUCGAGGAAUCGCUAGAAGAAGCACAAUAUAUGGCACCAUUGGGUACCAGAGUGAAGCAUAUUUUUACCAGGUUAUGGCAGUUCACCUCGUCAAGCAGACCUUCAUAUUUGAGACGGAAGUUCAAAGGACGGCAGCAACAAAAUCCUGGGAGUGCACCGUCCGAUGCCUCUGAUGACGGUGCUGAUGAUGCAAACCACGAGGACACCAAUUUCUUUGCGGCAACAGAGGAGCUGCAGAGCAAGGAUGUCCUUAAUCGAGACACAAUUCUGCUGCUCAUUACAUAUCUCAUCUUCCAGCUAUCGAAUAUCUCCUUCAAUUCCCUGUAUCCAAUCUUCGCACAGGCUGAUCCACCAACUGGACGAAACCUGGAUCCCGAAGAAAUAGGGCUUUCACUUGCUUUUGCCGGACUGGUAACAAUCGUGUUCCAAGUGGGUGUUUUUGGGAAACUACGUGACAAGAUGGGCAACAGAUGGGCAUACAGAGCUGGCCUUGCGGGCUUUGUUGUCGCUUAUCUUCUUAUGCCGUGGGUUGGCUACAAAGGGAGAAAGGGUGAGCCAGCUUUAUCAAGUGGUUCCAUUUGGCUAUGGAUUGAGAUCUGCGUCGUGCUCCUUAUCAAGACAGUUGCAGCGGUUGGAGGUCUGACAAGUGCUCUGCUGCUGAUUACCAAUUCCGCUCCUAAUCACUCUGUCCUCGGCACACUGAAUGGCCUUGCUCAGACACUUUCGGCUGCUGGUCGGGCAGUCGGGCCGUUCUUGUCUGGCGGCCUCUUCUCCCUCGCAACAAAGGUCCGCCCGAAAGGAGAAGCUCUAGCAUUUGGUCUUUUCGGAGGCAUCGCCUUUAUCGGUUUUCUAUUGAGCUUUGGCAUUAGAUCACCCAACCUGGAAGCUGAAGGGUGGGAGUCUGGAGACGAUGCGGAUGAUGACAGCGACAAGUCGGAAGACGAAGAAGGCUAGAUGCCUCUGUUGACUUCGAAAAUCAGAUGUUGGAAAUACCUACCUAGCGACGGCGUAACGAGACAUGAAAAUGGGAGGACUAUUAAAGAUGCUUAGAGGUGUACAGCAUGAAAAGGGGUAUUACUGUUUAGACCUGGACGUCCACUACUAAUGGUA